AUGCUUGUUUCGAAUAUUGUCGGACUUUCAGCCACAACUCUUGCCGCCAGUUUGGGCAGCCAAUGCAACUCCUGCCAAGUUCAGUACCAAGCUAAAAUCGACCAUGGAAUGAUGUACAUACAGUCUUACUGUGCCUACCCAUGCUCUACGCAGCAAUCUCACACGGAAUUCUACAUGGUCAACUUUGAACUCGUCCCGGUAGAUGUCAUUGACAGCUGCGCAUGUCAGCUUCUUUGA